GAUGGCGGCGGCAGCGGUGGCUGCAGCCGGGACCCGAGUCGGGCUGAGGCGGAGGAGCCGCCGGUUCUGACCUCGCUCUGGCUUCAGUGCGCGCGGCGGAGCGUGUGCGAGGGCCCGCGCGUCGGACAGGGGCGGCGGCGACUGCGCGCCGCCUUGAGGAGCGUCCCGGCGGCGGCGCGGCUGCGGCUGAGGAGAGAGCCGGCUCCGGGCCUCCGCGUCCUUCUGCUCCCCGGGCCCCCCGCCUCCUCGGGGGGGCGGCGGCGGCGAUGUUCUCGGUCCUCUCGUACGGGCGACUGGUGGCCCGCGCCGUGCUCGGCGGCCUCUCGCAGACCGACCCCAGGGCCGGCGGCGGCGGCGGCGGCGACUACGGGCUCGUGACGGCCGGCUGCGGCUUCGGCAAGGACUUCCGUAAGGGCCUCCUUAAGAAGGGCGCGUGCUACGGGGACGAUGCGUGCUUCGUAGCCCGGCACCGCUCGGCAGACGUGCUCGGGGUCGCAGAUGGUGUAGGAGGAUGGAGAGACUAUGGAGUUGAUCCGUCUCAGUUCUCAGGGACUUUAAUGCGGACAUGUGAACGGUUAGUAAAAGAAGGACGGUUCGUCCCGAGUAAUCCCAUUGGAAUCCUCACCACAAGCUACUGUGAGUUGCUGCAAAAUAAAGUACCUUUGCUUGGUAGCAGUACUGCCUGCAUCGUGGUGCUGGACAGAACUAGCCACCGCUUACACACAGCAAACCUGGGCGACUCAGGCUUUCUGGUUGUCAGGGGUGGUGAAGUUGUGCACCGAUCAGAUGAACAGCAGCAUUACUUCAACACUCCGUUCCAGCUCUCAAUCGCACCCCCCGAAGCCGAGGGAGUCGUCUUGAGUGACAGCCCGGAUGCCGCUGAUAGCACAUCUUUUGAUGUCCAGUUAGGAGACAUUAUCCUGACGGCGACAGAUGGACUCUUUGACAACAUGCCUGAUUAUAUGAUCCUUCAGGAGCUAAAAAAGUUAAAGAAUUCAAAUUAUGAGAGUAUACAACAGACGGCAAGAAGCAUUGCUGAGCAAGCUCAUGAGCUGGCCUAUGACCCAAAUUAUAUGUCACCUUUUGCACAGUUUGCAUGUGACAAUGGAUUGAAUGUGAGAGGUGGAAAGCCAGAUGACAUCACCGUCCUUCUUUCAAUAGUGGCUGAGUAUACAGACUGACUCACCUAGGUGUCAACUCCUGCCUCUCCUUUCAUCAUCCCAAAUUCUCCCCUACCGUGUGUGCUGAUCCUGCUGGCAGGACCCUGUUUCUUUGCUACUGAUCUCAAUGGCCAGUGAUGUAAGCCUUUUGCCUGUCUUUUUGAGACCCCAUUGAGAUCUUUGUUGAGAACCACUACUGUCAUUCACUAGCUCAUAUCUGCCAGCAACAUUUGAAGAGAAUCAAGAUUUGAAGAUUGGCCUUCACUUCACAUUGUCUUUUCCAUGAUGGGAUGGAGGUUUUCAAAGCCAAAAUGUCUAUUACUUUUCAAAAACGGUUGAAGUAUUGAAAAUGAGUAAUAUUGGUAAAGUGAAUUCAAAAUUAGAAUGUGUUAAAGGGAUUUUAAAAGUCUAACACAAAUUGUAUGUUAUGUUACAUCUACUAGAAACAUACGUUAUUCAUCAAAACAUAUGUUACACGUGUACUAUACAGUCUGUGUUAUGAUUGGGUGUGGCUUUAUGUUUUCAUUAUAAACUCCUAUUUUUCAGGGGCUUAUAAUCUUGCUCUAAAACAUUGCUCUGGAUUACAAAAUCUUGAUCCGGGGAGCUUUUUUUUUGGUUACAAGUUGGAAGAAAAAUUCAGUUUAGUUCUAUGUAUGCAAAUGUUUCAUGGUUUUUAAAAGAUGCUUAAUUGUGCUCCUGUGAUGAAAGUUUCAGCAGUUUAUUGAUUACUGCAUAUCACAGGCUGGUGGCCUGAUCUGCAGGGGGGGUUGGGGAGACUCCUUACCAAAAAUUUUUAAUGGAAAUAUUAUUCAAGGUUAUAAAAUUCCUCAAAGCCUACAAAUUUAAUGUUACAGCUGAAAUUCCUCCCAGCUAUCUGAUAUGAUGCCCCUGUGUGGGAGCUUAAGGCCCACAGGCCUGAUGGGUUGAGAAUGGAACAGCUCUAACUUUGAAUUUUGUUGGCCUUUGAUGGUCACGCUAUACCCCUUGUCUCACUCUCAGACCUGUUGUUAGUAGCCUUGCUUUCUGUAGAGCAUGUACCAAAUUCAGGGAGUCCCUGUGGAAAGAGCACUGUGGGCAGUGGCACAAGAGUCCACGAGGAAAACUCCUAGUGAUGAUCUGACAUUUGCAUUUGCCCUACACAGAAAUUUAGGGGUUUCUGAAUCAAGCUUAAUGUUUACAGUUUCCGAAUAGCCAUCUUGCAGUGUAUAGUUUCCUUAUAAAAUUACCCCACAUUCAGUUUUUCCAUUAUCUGCAAGCUCAAACUUAUUUUUAAGGUUUGUGUACAAGUCGACUGCUGUAAAGAUAUAUAUUUUUGGGUCAGUUUUUUUCCUUCAUUAACUUCGUGGUAGAAAAAUAUAUAUACUUAGAAAUCCUUAA